UCGUGCAAGGCAUGUUCGUACAGGACGAAGCAAGUCCCGUUCUUGAUUAUCCAGGGAACAUUUUUAAUACGGUCCUCAAUAUGCCACUAUUAGUUGUGACCCAGUUUGGAUAAAAUGGGUCUUUUACUGAUGAUAGCUAUAAAUGUCGAAUUACACGUGACUCUUUUUUUCAUAUUUUCAUUAACAGAUCAUAAAAGAUGAUGAAAGUUAUCGCCCUCGUUCUCUGUCUGGCUGUCGCCGCCCUCGCCGAGCCUGUGAGCUACGGCAUGUACGGCAAAGGCGCCAUCGGCUAUCCGUACGGUGGUGCUUACGGUAACGGAAUGGUGGGAGGACUGUACGGCGGCCUGGGACAAUACGGAGGUAUCUAUGGCGGGAAGUACGGAUUGAUGGGAGGUCUGUACGGAGGACUUGGCAACUUUGGCGGUCUUUACGGAGGACUUGGCAAUAUUGGCGGUCUGUAUGGAGGACUUGGCAACAUCGGCGGUCUGUACGGCAUGGGAGGCCACUACGGAGGAUUUGGAACCGGCCUUGGACUUGGACUUGGAAAAGGCUAUGGCUUCUAUUGAGGAUCGAACUGACGCCACUCUCAUCGAUAUUUAUGUCUAUUUAUUGUACCAAUCAUCUUAUGUGCCAAAUAAACACUGAAGUAUA